UGACUGAGACGAUCGCAUCUGGGCGAGCGGCGCUUCGCCUCCCUCGCGUCUUUGUCUCCUCCUCCUGCGAGGCUCCGGGGCCGGGCGCAGGGUCUGCAGCACCCGCCGCAGAAGCGGGAGCCCAGCGGUGCUCUGCACGGCCUCCCGGGGCCGCGCCCUCGCUCGGCAGAGGCGCCGGAGGACGCCAGCGAGCCACGCACUGCCCGCGUCCCGCGCUCCAGCCGCCGCGCACUACCGCCGCCGCCGCCGCGACCCGGAACGAGCCCUCCCCGCCGGCCCGGUUCGGGGUGGGCAGCCCGGCUAGCAGCGGGGUGGGAAGAGCGGCCGCUGCAGUUCUGGCGGCGCACACCCCCAGGCAUACGCAUCCAACGCCUCCUCCCUGCGCCACGAGGAUGGAGCAGCCACCCCGGCCCGGGACUGGCGCAAGGUACCCAAGCAAGGACAGGAAUAAUGAAGAGACACGUGUGUUAGUUGCAACCUUUUGAACCAAGCAAGAAGGAAAUCAACAGUGUGGACAGGGCUGGAACGGUUGCCACGCUUGCUUGUUGGAGUGAAUGAGGAAUGGGCUUGUGAUUAUGCUGACAUUCCAGCAUGAAUCUGGUAGACCUGUGGUUAACCCGUUCCCUCUCCAUGUGUCUCCUCCUACAAAGUUUUGUUCUUAUGAUACUGUGCUUUCAUUCUGCCAGUAUGUGUCCCAAGGGCUGUCUCUGUUCUUCCUCUGGGGGUUUAAAUGUCACCUGUAGCAAUGCAAAUCUCAAGGAAAUACCUAGAGAUCUUCCUCCUGAAACAGUCUUAUUGUAUCUGGACUCCAAUCAGAUCACAUCUAUCCCCAACGAGAUUUUUAAGGACCUCCAUCAACUGAGAGUUCUCAACUUGUCCAAAAAUGGCAUUGAGUUUAUCGAUGAGCAUGCCUUCAAAGGAGUAGCUGAAACUUUGCAGACUCUGGACUUGUCUGACAACCGGAUUCAAAGCGUGCACAAAAAUGCCUUCAAUAACCUGAAGGCCAGGGCCAGAAUUGCCAACAAUCCUUGGCACUGUGACUGUACUCUACAGCAAGUUCUGAGGAGCAUGGCAUCUAACCAUGAGACAGCCCACAAUGUGAUCUGUAAGACUUCUGUGUUGGAUGAACACGCCGGGAGACCAUUCCUCAAUGCUGCCAAUGAUGCUGACCUUUGUAACCUCCCUAAAAAGACUACUGAUUAUGCCAUGCUGGUCACCAUGUUUGGCUGGUUCACCAUGGUGAUCUCCUAUGUGGUGUAUUACGUGAGGCAAAAUCAGGAGGAUGCCCGGAGGCACCUUGAAUACUUGAAAUCCCUGCCAAGCAGGCAGAAGAAAGCAGAUGAGCCCGAUGACAUUAGCACUGUGGUAUAGAGUCCAAGCAGCCUGGCACUGAGAAAGAAAUUCGUUGGCAAUUGCAAUAGAUUAAGUGGUUUACUUCUUCCAUCCAUUGUAAACAUUUAAAACUUUGUAUCUCCGUUUCUUUUGAAUUAUGCCACUGUUGAACUUUUAACAAACCUGAUGACAUAACAAAUCAUUUUAGUUUAGGUGACCCACCCCUUACUUGUGCCCCCAGUGGUAUAUUCCUGAGUAAGCUACUAUCUGAACAUAACUUAGAUCCAUCUCACUAUUUAAUAACGAAAUUUAUUUUUUUAAUUUAAAACCAAAUAAAAGCUUAACUUUGAACCAUGGAAAA